AGCACCUUAAUAAAUUCUUCCUUCCUUUGCUACAACUCUCCAUAGUCUUCUUCUCUGCUUUUCUUUCACACAAACAAACAAACUCAUUUCAAGACUCUGUUGUUAUCAUUUUCUUAUUCUAGAAUAUGGGAAAGAUCAAGAUUGGGAUUAAUGGGUUUGGGAGGAUUGGGCGUUUGGUUGCAAGAGUUGCUCUGCAAAGGGAUGAUGUUGAGCUCGUUGCUGUCAAUGAUCCAUUUAUUAACACUGAUUACAUGACUUACAUGUUCAAGUAUGAUAGUGUGCAUGGUCAAUGGAAGCAUCAUGAAGUUAAGGUGAAGGAUGAAACCCUUCUUUUUGGUGAAAAUUCUGUCAAAGUAUUCCAGUGCAGGAAUCCUGAGGAGAUUCCAUUGGCUGAAGCUGGUGCUGAGUUUGUUGUUGAAUCUACUGGAGUCUUCACAGACAGAGAUAAGGCUACUGCUCGGUUUAUCUUCUUUCUAUUUUAGUAGUAUUCGAUUUUCGGAUUUGGAUUAUAAGUAUCAUUCCUGUAGUAAUUCUGCAAGAUGAGUAUUGAUCUUGCCCACUCUUGCCAUAUUUAGGUGCAUUAGUUGAUUGGUUUGUGCAUGAUGAAUAAUCCAAUUUCUAUGAAUUCUUGAAAUAUGAUCCAUGUCCAUUCUUGCUAUAUUUGGGUGAAAAUUUGUUGAUUUGAUAGUGUAGAUUGUGUUUAGUAUAGUCUAGCUUCCAUGAAUUCUAGACCUUCGAUUCAGCUGGUUGGUUCAAUCGUUCAGUCUAGUUUCGUAUUAUGUUCUUAAAGGGCGCCUUGGGUUGAUCGAUUGAAACCAGGGUGGUGCUAAGAAAGUGGUGAUCUCUGCUCCAAGCAAAGAUGCUCCCAUGGAGUGAAUGAGAAAGAAUACAAGCCUGAGCUAAACAUCGUCUCGAAUGCUAGCUGCACGACUAACUGCCUUGCCCCGUUGGCCAAGUUUAUCAACGACAAGUUUGGUAUAGUUGAGGGCCUAAUGUCCACCAUCCACUCUAUAACGGCCACACAGAAGACGGUUGAUGGUCCAUCGAGCAAGGACUGGAGAGGCGGAAGGGCAGCGUCAUUCAACAUCAUCCCAAGCAGCACGGGUGCUGCCAAGGCUGUUGGGAAGGUGCUUCCAGCACUGAACGGGAAGCUAACGGGAAUGUCGUUCCGGGUCCCAACUGUUGAUGUUUCAGUCGUGGACCUGACUGUGAGGCUAGAGAAGGCGGCCACCUAUGAUGAGAUCAAAGCUGCCAUCAAGGAUGCAUUGGAGAGCAAGCUGAAGGGCAUAUUGGGAUACGGGGAAGACGAUGUGGUGUCGACGGACUUCAUUGGUGAUAGCAGGUCGAGCAUCUUCGAUGCUAAAGCCGGCAUUGCUUUGAACAACAAUUUCGUCAAACUUGUGUCCUGGUACGACAACGAAUGGGGUUACAGUACAUGGCGUCAGUGGCAUGAUGGAUUUGCCAGGGUGGAAGUCUACGUGGCAGGCAUUGAGCUUUUAUCGUGUACAAUAAGCUGCUUAGUCGGAGCAGCAAGCUUAGCCUGUGUGUAUCUUUUGUAUCACACCAUUGUAGAUAAGUUUCUACUUUAUUACUACUACUAAGGAUCUCAUGCUAUUCUAUUCUUUAUUCUUGUAAAUUUAGGGUAUCACAUAAUACACGAAAAUAUAAUACUAA